AUGCAAGGACCUUCAUCCUGGGGAGGAACGCGGAUAUAUGUCGAAGUUGUGUCAACUAUCCCUUCUGCUAAACUUCGGAAAAUUAAUUUCGAUAUGCAACAGGAUUUCUGCCUCAAACAUUCAACAUUCUCAAUCACUAGUCGUGGUCAAGAUCUUGUCAGGCUCCAUAUAACCGUGGCCAGUAAUGAGCAACAAAACUUUGAAUAUGAAGCACCAGGGCCAGCAUUUGGUACCCUUCUAUCGGAGAGAAUUCGUCGACAUGCAACAGAACAACAGAUGGAAGAUCUUACUUAA